CGCGUAGUGACGCGGGCCGCGCGCUGACUGGUAGGCGGUGUUACUGAGGUGACCUAGAGCAGCGGGCGGAGGAGAAGAUGGCAGCGGCCGGCAGGAUCUCCCUCAAGGUGCGCUCCUUCAGCACCAGCGUGUCCAGACCAGUCGCCAAGUUGGUCAGGCCCCCUAUUCAGGUGUUUGGCCUGGGGGGACGCUAUUCUACUGCCCUCUACUCUGCUGCUUCCAAGGAGAAGAAACUGGAUCAGGUGGAGAAAGACCUGAACAGAGUGUCGACCCUCCUUUUGGACCCCAAGCUAAAUGCCAUUAUUACAAACCCCCACAUCAAGUAUGCUGUGAAACGAAAGACCAUCAUUGAUCUUCUGGCGAAGGAGAAGUUCUUACCAAUCACCAACAACUUUGUCAACCUGCUGGCUACCAACGGUCGUUUGCGUUUUACUGCAGAUAUCAUUUCCUCAUUCACAAAGAUCAUGAGUGCGCAUCGGGGAGAGGUGGUGUGCUCUGUAACUUCAUCGUCACCUCUGGAUGAAGCAAGUUUAACAGAACUGAAAUCUGCCCUCAAUGGCUUUCUCGCAAAGGGAGAAUCUCUGAAACUGGAGACCAAGACUGACCCCACAAUCCUGGGAGGAAUGGUUGUCAGCAUAGGGGAGAAAUACAUUGACAUGUCUACAAAAACCAAGAUCGAGAAACUGAGAAAGAUCAUGAGGGAUACUGUGUAAUUUCCGCUGGCUCCUCUGCAGCCGCUAAUGCCCGAUUACUCAAUAAAUCGUUUUACCAAGUGA